AUGGCUGGGAGACCAACGGGAAACCCCUAUGGGGGACCUCCCGGGAAUCGCGAUGAUCUGUUACUCGAUCUCGACAACGAACAGCCCGUUUACAAUAACGGCCAACGAUCCAACCUUAACGAUGAUGAAAUGAUGCGAAACUAUAACCUCGACCAAGAGUCGCAGGCUAGACCCUCCGUUUCCUACGAUGAUUUUGUCGGUGCACAACAAACGUCCUACCGCCCGCCGAACCGCGACCCGGGCAACCUGAGACCAACAGGCGGCCUUCAGCGACAGUACAGUCAGACCUCUGACCUCGACAACUACCAGCGCUAUGCGGAUGACUAUGACGACCAUGACGAUUCAUAUGGCGGACCCAGCGGGCAAGGUAUCCCCCAAUCGAGAUCCAAUGCUCGGCAUCGGAACAGCGUGCUGGGUCUUGGUGGAGGGUUUUUGGGCCGGGUCAAGAACAGACUUGGUAUGGGCCAAGGGUAUUCAGAAAUGGACCUGCCCUUGACUGAAUCUCGCGAUGGCGGGGGCGACGCAGGCUCAUCCCAAUCAAAAAAGAAGAGCAACUUUGACAUGGGUAACUUCAAAUUCGGCUUCGGGCGAAGUAAACCUGACCCUUCAACUCUCGGACCCAGGAUCAUCUAUCUCAACAACCCCCCGGCAAACGCUGCGAACAAGUACGUCGACAAUCAUAUCUCGACCUGCAAGUACAACGUCGUUACCUUCCUCCCGAAAUUCCUUUACGAGCAGUUCUCCAAGAUUGCCAACGUUUUCUUCUUAUUCACGGCCUUGCUGCAACAGAUUCCAAACUUGUCGCCUACCAAUCCGUAUACUACCAUUGCACCUCUUGCCAUCGUGUUGGCCAUCUCGGCCGUGAAGGAACUGGUGGAGGAUUAUCGAAGAAGACAGGCUGAUAAUGCGCUCAACACCUCCAAGGCUCGCGUGCUGCAAGGGACGACCUUCGCAGAAACCAAAUGGAUCAAUGUUGCGGUUGGAGAUGUGGUCCGGGUAGAGUCUGAGGAACCCUUCCCAGCUGACAUGGUACUUCUCGCCAGUUCUGAGCCUGAAGGUCUCUGUUAUAUCGAAACAGCGAACCUGGAUGGUGAGACAAACUUGAAGAUCAAGCAGGCACUUCCCGAGACCUCCACCAUGGUUUCACCUAGUGAGUUGAGUCGCCUGGGAGGAAGCCUCAAAUCGGAACAGCCAAACAGCAGCUUGUACACCUACGAGGCUACCAUGACCAUGCAGACUGGGGGUGGAGAAAAGGAGCUACCCUUGAACCCUGAGCAGCUUCUCCUUCGUGGAGCUGUGCUCAGAAACACACCUUGGAUCCAUGGUGUCGUCGUUUUCACCGGACACGAGACGAAGCUGAUGCGGAACGCCACUGCAACGCCGAUUAAGCGCACCAAGGUCGAGAAGAAGCUCAACUAUCUAGUGCUGGUCCUCGUUGGCAUUGUUUUGGUUCUCAGCGCGGUCAGUACCGCCGGCGAUCUCAUCAUCCGCAAUAGCAACCGCCUCUCGGACGGCGAGGAGGCUGGCCAGGAGCCAUACGAGUAUCUGAGACUGGGCACACUGACUGACGCCGGCACCAUCGCAAAGAUUUUUGCAGAGGACAUGGUUACUUACUGGGUGCUGUUCUCUUCUCUUGUUCCCAUUUCGCUCUUCGUCACCGUUGAAGUUGUUAAAUACUGGCAUGGCAUUCUCAUCAAUGAUGAUCUGGAUAUGUACUAUGAUAGAAACGACACUCCCGCAACUUGCCGAACUUCGAGCUUGGUCGAAGAACUUGGAAUGGUAGAAUACGUCUUCUCCGACAAGACUGGUACUCUGACUUGCAAUAUGAUGGAGUUUAAGCAGUGUUCUAUCGCGGGCCUUCAAUAUGCCGAAGAGGUCCCCGAAGACCGCCGCGCAGCAGAUCAGGAAAGCCCAGAGCAAGGCAUUUUCGAAUUCAAAGAUCUGAAGGCCAAUCUGAAAAACCGCCACGAAACUGCCGAAGCGAUCGACCAUUUCCUUUCCCUGCUCGCCACCUGUCAUACCGUUAUCCCCGAAACCGACGAGAAGGGUAAGAUCAAGUACCAGGCAGCCUCUCCCGACGAAGGUGCUCUUGUAGAAGGCGCCGUCCAGUUCGGCUACAAGUUCUCUGCCCGAAAACCCAAAGCUGUGAUUUUCGAAGACCCCAAUGGCCAGCAACUUGAGUACGAGCUUCUUGCAGUUUGCGAAUUCAACUCGACUCGAAAGCGCAUGUCUACCAUCUACCGCUGCCCAGACGGCAAGAUCCGCGUCUACUGCAAGGGAGCAGACACUGUUAUCCUCGAACGCUUACACGACCAGAACCCUCAUGUCGAGGCGACCCUACGCCACCUCGAAGAGUACGCAUCUGAAGGAUUGAGGACGCUUUGCCUGGCAGUGCGCGAGGUCCCUGACCACGAGUUCGAAGAAUGGUACAGGAUCUUUGACGCUGCCGCCACAACUGUCGGUGGAAACCGAGCCGAUGAACUGGACAAGGCUGCUGAGCUCAUCGAGCACGACUUCUUCCUCUUGGGCGCCACGGCCAUUGAGGAUAGACUUCAGGAUGGCGUGCCAGAGACAAUCCACACGCUCCAACAGGCCAACAUCAAGGUCUGGGUGCUGACUGGAGAUCGACAGGAAACGGCUAUCAAUAUCGGUAUGAGUUGUAAGUUGCUCAGUGAAGAAAUGAUGCUUCUCAUUGUCAACGAGGAGACUGCAGUGGCCACGAGAGACAAUAUACAGAAGAAACUGGAUGCCAUUCGGACGCAAGGCGGCGGCACCAUCGAGAUGGACACUCUAGCCCUCGUCAUUGACGGAAAGUCGUUGACAUUUGCCCUUGAAAAGGACCUGGAGAAGCUUUUCCUCGAUCUUGCCGUGAUGUGCAAGGCCGUCAUUUGCUGCCGUGUGUCUCCUCUUCAGAAGGCCCUGGUUGUGAAGCUCGUCAAGAAGUAUCAGAAAGAGUCGAUUCUGCUCGCUAUCGGUGAUGGAGCCAACGACGUGUCCAUGAUCCAGGCUGCGCACAUUGGUGUGGGUAUCAGCGGUGAAGAGGGUCUCCAGGCUGCUCGCAGUGCUGAUGUCGCCAUUGCCCAGUUCAGGUUCCUCCGCAAACUCUUGCUUGUUCACGGUGCUUGGAGUUAUCAGCGUGUGAGCAAGACCAUUCUGUUCUCGUUCUACAAGAACAUCGCCCUGUACAUGACACAAUUUUGGUACGUCUUCCAGAAUGCCUAUUCUGGGCAAAUUAUCUUCGAGUCUUGGAUUCUGUCAGGCUACAACGUCUUCUUCACUGUCCUGCCCCCCCUGGUGCUCGGUGUCCUGGAUCAAUUCAUCUCUGCUCGCCUCCUGGAUCGAUACCCCCAGCUCUAUAUGAUGGGUCAGAGCAACUCGCAUUUCAGACUCAAGAUCUUCGCAGAGUGGACGCUGAAUGCCAUCUACCAAUCCAUCAUUAUUUACGUCUUUGGAGUCUUGAUCUGGUGGGGAGACAUGAUCCAGGGCGACGGUCGGAUCGCUGGGCAUUGGGUCUGGGGUACCGCCAUGUACAACACGAUCCUGCUCACAACUCUUGGCAAGGCAGCGCUGAUUACUAGCAACUGGACCAAGUACCAUAUCAUUGCCAUUCCAGGUAGUAUGGCUAUCUGGUGGGUGCUUUUGGUUGUACUGAGUUACGUUGGACCUAUGAUCAACAUGUCGAACGAAUUGUUCGGCAUCAUCCCCAGGUUGUACUCCAGCCCUGUCUUCUGGUUGCAGAUGUUUGCUCUUGCCUUCCUGAGUCUUUCACGCGACAUUGCAUGGAAAUACGUCAAGCGGAUGUACUUCCCACAGACGUACCAUCACAUCCAGGAGAUUCAGAAGUACAACAUUCAGGACUAUAGGCCUAGGAUGGAGCAAUUCCAGAAGGCAAUCCGAAAGGUACGGCAAGUCCAGCGCAUGCGCAAGCAACGUGGCUAUGCCUUCUCGCAGGCCGACGAGAGUCAGACUCGUGUGUUGCAGGCGUACGAUACAACCAAGCACCGUGGCCGUUACGGAGAAAUGGCCAGCUCGAGACCCGCAGGUCAGUAA